UACAAUCCGUUUCCUAAACUUCCGCCUUGCACGCGUGUUUACCAAAAAAUGUGGAUACCCGAGCUGCCGAAGAAACAGUUAUUAUAACAAUAUUAUAGCAGUAGCUGUUCGUGUUAAGGUGGUAAUAUGGGUAAAUUAAAUGUCGUGGUGCUGAGAUAUUUAAGUCGAGAUGACUUCCGGGUCCUCACAGCGGUUGAGAUGGGAAUGAAGAACCAUGAAAUUGUUCCAGUGAGUCUCCUGUCUUCCAUCGCCAGCCUCAAACAUGGUGGCUGCAACAAGAUCCUCAGAGAGCUUGUCAAACACAAACUGGUGGCCUACGAAUGCACGAAAAGUGUGCAGGGCUACAGAUUGAACUAUGGAGGAUAUGACUACCUGGCUCUGAAGACUUUGUGCUCAAGAGAAGUGGUCUUCUCAGUUGGCAACCAGAUGGGUGUGGGUAAAGAGUCAGAUAUAUAUAUUGUGGCAAGUCCAAACGGAGAGCAGUACGCUUUGAAGCUUCACCGAUUGGGUCGCACCUCCUUCAGGAACUUGAAAAACAAGAGAGAUUACCACAAACACAGGAAGAAUAUGUCCUGGCUCUACCUCUCACGCCUUUCUGCCAUGAGAGAGUAUGCCUACAUGAAGGCCUUGUAUGAUCGGGGCUUUCCAGUUCCCAAACCAGUGGACUAUAACAGACAUGCUUUGGUGAUGGAGCUCAUCAAUGGAUAUCCACUGUGUCAGGUGCAUGAGCUGCAAGAUCCACCGGCCCUGUACAACGAGUUCAUGGAGCUCAUAGUCAAAUUGGCCAAUCACGGUUUGAUUCACGGAGACUUUAACGAGUUCAACCUUAUGUUGGACGACCAGGACCACAUCACUAUGAUUGACUUCCCUCAGAUGGUGUCCACCUCACAUGCCAAUGCUGAAUGGUAUUUUGACAGAGAUGUCAAAUGUAUCAGAGAUUUCUUUGCAAGGCGGUAUAACUACGAGAGUGAGCUCUACCCAACCUUCAAAGACAUCAGGCGGUCUUGUUCUCUUGAUAUAGAAGUUUCAGCGAGUGGCUUCACCAAAGAUAUGGAAAGAGACAGUGCAUUGCUUCACCCAGCUGGACCUGAGGAAGAGGAUGAGGAGGAGGAGGAGGAUGAUGAUGAAACAGAGAGUGAUGACAAAGAGGCAACAGAUGAGGAAGCAGAAAAAGAAGGAGAGAGUGUGGUCUUGGAUGAAUAUAAACAUGCAAUGUUGGAACUGGAAGGGCUCAAAGUCUGUGACAUACAAGAAGACAAACAGGAUGAUAAAAUAGAGGCUGGAGAAGUGGAAGAGCAAAAAGCGACUGAGACAAAGCUCACUGCCAGAAGUGAUGAAGUGACAGAGGAGGACAAAGAGGGAGAGCUGGAUGAGGCAGAGGAUGAGUGUCCAGAGCUGGCAGACCUUUCUACCUGCAACCAAGAGUUCAAGCCCUUCAGAGACUCUGACAGUCUUCUUCACAUGACAGAACACACCAGGAGGAGGUCAGACAGCGAGGCCACAAUGGGUAGCAUAGGGAGCUGCUCUACCAUACCACCAGAGGUGGUCCGUCAGAAGGUGCGGAGGCAGCUCACUCAACAGCAGAAGGCAUCACAAAGGCGACGUUUGCAGAAAGGAGAGGCCAACUUGGUGACCAAAUCCAGGAGAGAGAACCAAAAUAACAUCAAGUCUAGUAUGGAGAGUGCCUCAUUCUGGGGAUAAAUGGGACAGAUGGAAUUCAUGUCAACAUGUUGUUUGUGUGGUCUGUUCAUUCCUCCACUCCUUUUUCUGAUGACACUCAAACACAUGAUGGAUGAUGGAAAAAGACUCAGGAGAUUCUCUGUGCCACAGCUCAACUGGCAUGUCCUCUCAUGAAAAUAAACAAGAAUGAGGAAACUUUUAACUAUUUCUUCCGAAACUAUCUUAUUCAUCAUACAGUUUAAUGUAAAUAUCAACUACUUACUUUAAUGAUGAAUUAUGAUGGGUAAUUAAACUUUCCAAACAUUA